AUGCCGUGGCCAAACAACAAUGUUGCCGGAGUCAUGGUGGGUGAAGCGGUCAGCAACGGGGGUUGGAACGCUGUCUUGAGCUUUGUGUUUGACUGCCCGACAUAUCUCGUGGUGCCAGAGCAGAGAAUGCCACCUCGGCGAUUCGAUCUGGCGAUACUGAAGGUUGCCGUCAACGGACUGUUCUUUGCGUUUGAGGGCAAGGGCAUGAAUUACAACUGGGACACGCUGGCGGCCGAGGUUAGACAGUGCUGCCAGGCCAUUCGGGUGGGUCAGGGAUACACCUAUGGGAUGGGUGGAAACGGGCCGGAGUGCAUCAUUGUCGAGUGGGAUGGGACACAAUUGAAGUAUUUGUACAUUGAUGGGCAGGGAAACCUUGCAUACAGUCAGUAUCGCCAUACCCAUCACAUCACCAACGACCAGGCUGCGAUUUUGCAGAUCCUGCAGGAGAUCAGGCGAAUACAUUGA